AUGGCUAGCUACGCGGGAUCGCGUAUUGACCAAUGCGAGCGGCACCGGCGUCACCUUGCGGACAGCCCGAUAUGUGAACUAUGCCAGACCCAUCCAAAGACUACUCUUCAUGGGUUACGCGACUGUGCGCUCUCGACCCAAUUCUGGAAGAAAUUGCUCCCUCCGUCGAGAUGGUCAGUUUUCUUUAGCAUGGAUUUGGGUAAGUGGCUGGAAGCUAAUUUAACUAACAAAAUGGAUAUAUUCGAUGCGAGCUGGGAUGUUUCUUUUGGCAUAAGUGUGUGGCGGCUGUGGCAUGGCAGGAACAAUUUCAUUUUUAAUGGAAUUGAGCUUGUGGUGGAUAGGAAGAUUAAUGAAAAUAUCAAAGGUCGACACAAUAAAAAUUGUCAUUGGAAGAAAAGAUACGACAACGAUGAAGAUGAAGAGGAGAGGAGUGCUCAUUUAGGGGGAGCACAAAAGAAAAAAAAUUUGAGCGAUCAACCUCGAGAAAGUAGAAGAUUUGAAGGGAAAUGUUAUAACUAUGGAAAGAAAGGCCACAUAGCGAGGAAUUGUUGGUCAAAGAAGAAGCCAGCAGAAGAAAAUGCUGUGACAUCGGAUGAGGCACACAAAAGUGAAGAUGGAUGGAAUCUUGAAGCACUGUCAGUCGUAAUUGAAGAAGAAGAAAUUGGUAAAGAAAUCGAUUUGGCUUUAACGGCAACGGUCGCUGAGCUUGUCAACUCAAAUGAUGAGUGGAUAGAUAACUCUGGAAGCUCAAGCGACGAAACAAAAGACAUGAAGGAGUUAUCAAAUCUGGUCGAGUAUAGUAAAGAGCGUACAGUUACAGUAGACAACUUAGUGCUGCCAAUCUCCAACAGUGGUGAGAAAGAAUCAGCUAAGGAAGAUAGAUAG